UAGAAAUACACGAUCAUAAAUGAACGUGACAGAAAUUCAUCAAAUAUGAUCAAUUAACACUUGUUUUCCAGAGAAUUCCUCAUAUCUGUUGGUUUUUUGUUACGUCAUAUGUUCUUUGUGAAACAGGUUAAUUUUUUGUACAGUGGCAAGCUUGAUAAGGAAUCAGCUUUUGUUGUGCAUGUUCCUUGCUUUGUGUUGUUGUGGUUCAUGGUUCAUGGUGUUUUAAGGGGCGAAGCGAUGGCGUUAUGUUUAAAUUAUCCAUUGUCUUUUUUAAUGUUGUUUGUUAGUGUAGUAUCGGCAGAUAUAGCAUCAUUAGACUCCUCUUACUACGAAUACUGCAGGUUGCCGGACCGAGGGGAGAGGAGACAGGAGUGUAGGCUGCUCAGGGACGAGAACGUCAUCUUCCGUGCCAAGUACGAGGCGAAGCGGCAGACAAACCCGGGUGGCUUGGUUGCACCUGGCAACGGGAGUGAGCUUUCACCAGCAUCCUCGACCCGAAACUCGCUCGCGCCAUUAAGCAGCAGUAUUGCUGCGAGCCAUGCUGGGGCCGGAGUCCCUGGCACGGAUCAAGCACUUGAUGUUGAUUCCACAGCCAAUGCUAAUUCCACCGUCGCCAACACCAGUGUUGCUGAUGCAGUCGCCACUGCUGCAGCAGUCAGCACUUCCUCUGCUGCAGCAGUCAGCACUUCCUCUGCUGCAGUAAACACCACUGUGACGGCAGGUGGAGGCGAUGCUUCGGGCAACGAAACUACGCACGGCAACCUUGCGCCGGCGGGCGGUGUGCCCAUUGUCGCGAGCGACGUGAUGGUCAUCAACAGCGCGGAGAUAAGGAACAACUCUGUGCCGUCAGGAGAGGAGCGCUCCGAUCUGUUCCACAAGUUCAGGGACAUGAUGAACAACACCAGGCCUCGGCAGAAUGACUCCCUUCUCGAGGAUGACCAAGAGUUUGAUGACCUGAUCAACAGGUUCAAUGAAAUAGUUAACAAUAACCAUACACUUAAGGAGAAUAACAUCACAAAGUAUGAGGAAGAUCAUCACUCGUACUACAACAGUUCAUUCGUAGUAAGUGAAGAAAUUGGUCAGAAAUUCUGGGUGACGCUGUCGGAGAGAGAAAAUGUUCAGGUGAACGAGGUGCUGUCGAGGGCCCAUCGCCGGGCAGUCACGGUGAGGCUGUCUUUCGACUUCCCGUUCUAUGGCCACCUGAUCCGCAACGUGACGGUGGCAACGGGUGGGUUCCUGUUCACUGGGGAGUACGUCCACUCAUGGCUGGCUGCCACCCAGUAUGUGGCUCCUUUGAUGGCCAACUUCGACACUAGCCUCUCCAACGCUUCUGCCAUCAAGUACGUCGACAAUGGAACAGCAUUUACUGUUGAAUGGGAGAAUGUUAUCCUCAGAGAUGAGCCCCACUUUGGAGAAUUCACAUUCCAAGUGACGUUACAUGCGAAUGGGGACAUUGUGUUUGUGUACAAGCACAUACCUGUGAUUGUAGAAAACAUUCGUGACAGUCUCCAUCCGGUGAAGGUUGGUCUGUCAGAUGCCUACAUCUCAGACCGAGUUAUUUUUCUUAUCCGGAGAAAGACAAUCUAUGAGUACCAUCGUGUCGAGUUUAACAAGGAAGACAUACGUAACUGGACGGUCAUAUACCUGAGUGCCUUGCCCACGUGUGUGUCUAAGACGAGUUGCUUCGAGUGCCUUACUCAAGUGCCUGGUUUUCAGUGUAACUGGUGUCCGAGCAUCGAGAGGUGCUCGAACGGAGUCGACAGGCACCGCAAGGACUGGCUGGGCAACGGUUGCGACAGGUCUGCGUAUGAGUCUGUGCACAUGUGCCCCGGAAUGAAGCAGCGUAUAGGUGAGGCCCUUAGUGCAGACGCUACACUGAGCCCGCAGGAAGUGUCCAUGGCUAAGCAGUAUGACUCUGGCCAUGUGCCAGCCAUUUUGGCUCUCAUAUUCCUGGCCACCAUUGUGGGCUCGUUUGGCAUGUGGACGCUGUAUGCCUACCGCAACCCGCACACACCAUCCGGACAGUUUCUGAUCAGGUACCGCCCGAGCCAGUGGCGCUGGAGGAGAGGGGAGGCACGAUACACGGCCGCCACCAUCCACAUGUGACCACGUGCCGGGGUAGCGACGCUUCGCCCGUGCUGUGGUCUUCAAGUGUGGAAACGGUGCUUAAGAGAGAAAGUGAAAUAUAUAUAUUGCUUUCAGCUUCUUCUUAAAGAUUCCUAGUGAAGUCAAAGAUUACUUGUGAAGUAUAUUACAUUUACCAUUUUGCGUGUUUUUAGUUCAACCCUUUGAACUUCUAUGUCAAAACAAGUUGACUGUCUUUCAUUUACUGUUACAAUCAUUUGUCGAGUUAGGCUCUCCAAUUUCUUCCAUCACGUUGCGUAGUACAGUGCCAUGAGUUUCUCAACAGUUUAUUGAAACAGGUAAUUAUAGGUUUCAAACCUGGCUUGACAAGCAUUCAAAGGGUUAAAUAUCACUAUUUAUUAUUUUAUUUUAUUGUUAGUGUUAUUGUGUUUAUUAUAUGUAACUUGUAUAUAUAUACAUAUAUUUUAUCUCUGGAAAGUUUUAAAGCUUUUUGGCAGCAUUUGUUCUUAAGUUUAAUGAGCUGUUGGUUCUUUGUACCAUAUCACUGACAUUCUUUCCAGCCAAUUUUUUUCAAACACUGAGGUUUGUUGAGUGUGAGUUAGUAUGUUCAUUUGGGAUGUGCCCUAUGCAUCAGAAAGAGAUCAGAAGAACCAAUUAUCACUAAUCAUAUACAUAUAAUAUAGUCCAUAAAUUUACUGAUUUAUUCAGAUUCUUAUUUUUGUAGUUAAUCAUUGUUCAUCAAAUCUAUCUCACAAGUUAUCCUUCAUAAACUGCAGGGGGUAUGAUUUUGAAGUGAAACUUCUUUGCUGAAGGGGCUACAAUUUUUUAGCAUUACGAAAAUUCCAUUUGCAUGAGGGUAAUGGUUAUGUAUGUGUUGGGGGAACCGGUAGAGGAGGAGAGUGCGUCAGCGGCGACACCACUCUUAACGCAUGCACUAGCGGUCGAAUGGGAAGACAGCUGGGGGUGGGGUGGAUAGACAUGUAGCGUAGCAUGCUAUAUGUUAGUUGUAACGGUCAGAAGGGGAGACAGCAGAGGAGAGGGAGAAAUGACCCAGCAGUGAUGCUACGAAUGCUUGUAACGCUGCUUGUGUUUGUCUACUCCUCAGUUUUCGUAACGGCUAACAAUUGAUGCUAUCAUAUUUCUUUUAUUUUAUUUAAAGUAUCUACAAUUUAUUUAUUCUUACAGACAAGAGAGUUGGAUUUGUGCAAAAUAACCUUUUAAGUAUCAUUCAUUUGUAUGUGAAUAGUGUGAUAAAUGUAAAUGAGAUGUAUAAACUUAAGAGGUUAGUUUUAUAAGUGUAAUUUAUUUUUGGUAUGUGAACACUGUGAUUGGAAAUGUCAAAAGGACUUAGACUUGUGAGAUAGACAAGUGUAAUUUAUGUCAGAUGGAGUGUUUUUUUGUUCAUUCAUUUUAUUCAGCUGGAGAUCGUGAUUUAACAUCAUGCCUAAAAAUAAUAAGGCAGAAGCAGAUAAGAGGUAUUAUCAAAGGCAAUGUGGGAAUAAACCACCAUUAGAGGUGCUAAAAAGUGCUAGUGAACGGAUGCGAGAGUACAGGGCGCGGAAAAAGGCAUGUUUGUCUUUUAGAUCAUACCCGUAUCUUUACCAGUCUGAAUUAUUAUUUCUUGUCAUUAAAUACAUACUAAUAAUUUCUUUCUUUCUAUGCCUAGUAAGCAAGAAGUUUCACUUCUGUUGUGCGUGGACUCCAAGCGCACAAUUUUUUUUAAAAGAAAGGAUUCAACAUUUGACUUCCAAAAAUAUGUAUUCACUAAACUACAGUCACUCUAGAUUCUUCAACCAUUCAUGAAAAAACAGUCAUUAAUUUGAAGGGGUUGUUAUUAAAAUUUGCACGGAUUCUAAUUAAUCUCUAGCUUCCAAACCCAAAAAUUAAAUUAUUCACAUGAAAUAGAUAUUUAAUAACCUUGUUUAUUUGUAAAAAUAACUUAUUUUGAUAGACAGAUGUAUAAAUGAGGAAAAAUUAAUCCUCUAAAUUUAUGAGUGACCUCCCUUUCUCGCCAAAAUAUGCCCCAACAUCAUCAUGUAGCGAGCGAGGUCCAUUUUCAGUUUAUUCUUGCAGUAAAAACAAAAAAAAAAUUGUUUCUGGAUUUUGAACAUUUUAUUUCGCGUUAAUAACCCAGUUCUUGUAGCUUUGUGUACCCACGGCAUUAAAGUGGAGGAGGAGUGUGACACUGUGUAGGAAGUGUAUUCAAGUUCACGGCACACAACGACAAUGAUAGGGCUGCUUCUGCAACCACCUGAUUGAUACAGCUAGUCUUGCGACCAUGGAAAAAAAACAUGAGCAUUUGUUGGUGCCCAGUUUCUAAUGCCAUGUUCCCAGCCAUAUUGCACUGUUCUGUGAAGAUGGGGCCUUUUAUUAUUUCUAUUAGGAUGCAACUACCUGAGAGUUAAAAACUGCAAUAAACAGUCUUAGACGUUUGAGUCAGUAACUCCUAUGAAUCACUUGUAAACUACAAAUAUGCUGUAUAAACAUAUAAGCCAACACUAACACAAUAAAAGUUAAUAUUUUCAUCUAGUGUAGUGUAAAUAAAUUCUUGCAGAAGAAAACAUGUUUACCUAGUACUGUUCGUGUUCGUCUGGGCUAGUUGUACAAAACAUGAGUCAUGGGCUGGCAAUGCUGAUGCUUCGUGCUCAUAGACUACCACCACACCAUUGUAUUCCUUAACAUGCGAAAAGCCAGCUUUGCCUCAUUUUUGGUACACUAUAUCAACAAAGGUUUACACUUUAAACAAAAUGGCUACCACGCAUCCCCACAGGGAUGUUGAACAGUAAUUAUAGAAAAAUAUGGAAUCUGAUCAGUCAUUUCAUGUUUCAGCCAACCCAUAGGAUAUUUUUGUUGUUUUUUCUAAAAGAAACAUUCAAUUUAAUUAUGUAAUAUGGUGUAGUGUAUAUAAGUACCUUUCAAAAGCUUUUCACAUAAUUUCAUUCUUUGAAAAAAAUAAUUUUAUUUAACCAUGUGUUGGAAAACUGCACAAAAUGUGCAUGAGCAUUGAAUAUUUAACUUGUUAGGCUGUUAAAUUUCCAUUCCAUUUUGUUACAUACUGAAAUUUCAUGAUUAAUGUGCCUUAAAAAGUAUUGUAUGGAUUCAGUAAUCAUGGAAGUUGAAAAAUUAUUUUUGCAUACCGGUAGUUAACAAUUUUAAAACAUGGGCAUAUUUACUAUAAAUAUACCAACAUGCUUUUGCUUAUAAUUAAAUUUUUAAUUAAUUUUUCAUGUAUAAUAAUCAACAUUAUGAGCUUGAAUGGUAUUGUAAUUUAGUUAAAAUUAUCUCCAUUGCAAAAAGAAAAAUGUAGCACGCCCAAUGAAUUGGUUUAGAAGAAGCCACUGGUGUGUGACAGUGCAAUAACAUAAAGGUGGUGGGUGAGUUUCAAGUUCCAACGGCUCCCUUAUCAACCUGCAACUUUGGGUAGGUAUCACAUGCUGCAUGGUAGUACAGUACUCAAGAAGAGAUUCACAUCAUGUAGCUCUCAAAAUAAAUACAACAAAUUAGUGUUUCAGCCUAUUUUCUUUAAAUGUUUAAGGUUUUCUCAACAAAAAAAAAGGUAUUUAGAGUGUAGUCAGGAGUUGUCUAUUUACUGUGUAACGUGAUAUCAAUGUCAACAGCAUCACAGGGCAAUAAAUGCUGUCUUAUCUCCCCCUCCCCCCCCCCCCCUCAAAUUACUGUUUGUUGAACUUUGUGUCUCAUAUUUGUAUAUUUUACUAAGUUAUAACUUAUACCAAUAAAAUUAAUGUUUUUUGUUUGUUUACCAAUUUUGACCAUGUUUAUAUGUAGCUGCAGUUAAUCCAAAUUUGAAGUGGUAAAUUUCUGGCUCAGCAGUUCUGAGAUCCGAACCAUCUUUCAGUUGAAUCGGUACAUCCCUUAUGUGCAAUAUUUCUUAAUUAGUGAUUAAAUGUAUCAUCAAAUCAUAUGCUCACAGUUGAAAGUGUGAUAACUGGUGUUGCUAAUUGCAAGUGUCGUACAUAUAUGCUUAGAAUUUAGUCUUCUCUUUUGAUUGAAUCUCUUCUAUCAUCAAAAGGAGAGUUUGAACAUGUAAGUCUUGUUGCUUCAUUCAUGCUAAAUGCAUGCAGAUGAGUUGCAAAAUUUAUGCAAAUUAUUACUUUUCUCUUGAUGCAUAUAAAUAGAUUAAAAUUGCACAUGGAGUUGAAAGAGAGAUUAAUGUCAAACAGGUAGGUAAAUUUACAAAAAAAAAUUUUGUACUGUGCUCUUUUUUAAUACUUUUUUCUGGUCCUCUAAUUUUUCUAUCCUGUCACCAGCCUGCAGUGGCUGCAAAGUAGAUUUGCUCGUCACCCUGGGUUGGAAUGGCAGGUAUGUCCCUGUGGUAGAACAGCUGGUUUCAAGGAGUACCAUUGUAGACCUUUAUAUCUGGCAUAAAUUUAUUAACACAUGGACUUCCAUUUUAAUGCCUCUUCAGUUUGGGAAUAUUAAAGUAUAGUCUAAACCAUAAAUAAGAAUUUUUUUUACAGAAUCAUUGAGUUGUUAAAUUGUUGUUCCACACAAAUUAUUCCAUUAAAUAAAACAAAAAAAAAUACACUCAUACAUGUGUUAACACUACAGUUAUGUGUAAUGAAAUAUGGUGUUUUAUGUAAAUUUUUGCAUUUAUAUAUCACAUCAUAUACAACAUGAACAACCUGCAUGUCCUAUUUUUAAAUUAUUGUUGCAAAAGAUUUUUUUUUUGCUGAAUGAACUAAAAAAAAAAAACACAUGAAAUUAAAUGAAACCAAUUUUUUUUAGUGUUACGCAGAGACAGAACAAUUGAAUGUAAACAUUGUGCGAGAGACAGACUUCAGUGUGAAUAAGAUAUGUACCGCUUUUGUGUAAGCUAAAUAGGAUUAAGUUUAUCACACUUUCAAUAGCUGAUGCAAGUGUUAAUUGUGUGGUUUUUAAAAUAUUCCUAUAUCUGGUCAAACACUUUUUUAUGCACUUUACAAAGGAAUUUACAACUUUGCAAAAUGCAAAGCUGAUAAUUUUAUGUGAUAGUUUAUGACUACAUAUUAGCAUUUAUGUGACCAGAGGAAAUUUAUGCAACUUAAAGGAAUGUUUGCAAUCAGAAUAUGUAAAAGAAAGAGAUUAUAAUAUAAUCUGUUGAGGCUUUGUCUCACAUGCCAUUGUUUGAGGACUUUUUAUGUAGGUAAAUCUGUGACAAAAAAUCUCACUUGCAUUUAAUGUUUUCUCUCCAGUUUUAUCAACUUAUUUUAUGUACUUAGUCCCCCAAGUGUUCACAUGAUCACUUGCGUGAUCUUUUAUACAGCUUGUAACUAACAUUUAGUAAAUAUCUAGUGAGAAAAUUUGUGACCCACCAAAAAAAUCCAGUAGAGGUAUCAGAAUAAAUGUACAGGAUAACCCUUUAAUAAAUAGUAAUGACAAGAAAAAAUAUAAUAACCUAUUAAACAUGUGGGACUGUGCCUUAUAAAAAGAUGUAAAAUAAAUUGCUUAAAUUGUUUGCGUUUACAAUGUUUUGUGUGGAGAAAAUAUUGGUAUUUGUGAUUUUUAAAUGUUGAAAAUGUUUUAUUUUAACUUAACACUGUUUAAACGUAAUGAUGCAGUAGCAGGUAGAAUUUAGGGCAUAGUAGCAAUAUUUGAUUGAUAGGAAGAUCUUUGUACAUAUUGUUUUCAGAUGAGACUUGACUUCUGUUUGGGCAUCAUCCUGCAUUGCAAGCAGUAUUUGGUUUAAUGUAGUCAUUUUGAAAGUAUUAUGAUAAUGAUACACUGAGAUAACACAUGUGAUCUCUUCUGUGGUAGCUAGUGCCUUAAUGUUGCAUUAUUCUGACCAUUUUUAUACAUUGUAAAUGUUCUGAUGAAAUUAUUUGUGGCAUUAGGAAAAAAUAAAGUUAAUGGAAAUUUGAUUUACUUGUAAAUUUGUAUAAAUUAUUUCCAAUAUUUUUUAAAAAGAAUUUAAAUUUCAUCACUUUUCAGUAGGGUUUUGUGAAUCGUUGACGUAUAGGCAAUUUUCUUGGUACUUCUGUAACAUUCCUCGACUUUUGGAGUUCAAAUGAGUUGCAGGGGAAUUAAACUUUGAGCACAAACACUAAUUCCAUGCAGCAAAUGCAUCAACUUUAGGGUGUUUUCCAGUUAAGAUUUGACUCUGUGGAAAGUUGUUAACUGUAAAAAAAAUAUCUUUUUUAAUGUGUGCAAAAAUAAGUGCAUGUUGUAAAAUUAGUCUUUUGAGCUACUGAAUACUUUAGCUGGAGAAUUUUUUGUGUCAAAAAUUAUUAUCUAAAUUCAAUAUUAACACACUCAAUAAAGCCUCACGUUCUACAUUCUUGAAAUCAUUUACAUGUAUAAGUUAAAAAAAUCAAACGAUGCACACAUAUACACAAUGAUGAUAGUAUAUUGUCCUUUAGAAAAUAGUCUUAAAGAUAAAGUGAUCAAAAAAUUGAACAAUAUAAAUGUGCUGAAUGUAUGUCGCAUAUUUUAGAAAUGGUCUUAUCUAUUGGCUUCGUCCACUACUCACUGAAUCUGGGCAGCGACACCCUUGCUGCAACGAGUGCCAAUUUUAAUCACUUUAUGUUAAUCCUAUUUUCUUAAGGUCAAUAUACUUUUAAUAUCCUGUGUCUGUGUUGUGCAUAUUACAUAUGGAGCAUGGAUAUACCUAUGUAUCCUCCCAUUUGUAUUUUAUAACUUUUUAACUUCUUCAAUAACUGUGGGAUAUAAAGUUUUAUUGAAUUUGUAUUAAUUUUGGAUUUACAAAUAAAUAUAUAUGUAUACAUCUGAGAGGAGAGUUCUAGAAAUACUAGUAGCUAAUUGCGCCAACGUGUAUAAAAUCUUACAUGGAUAUAAAAAAAAAUUAAAUUUGUAGGAAAGGAAAAUUUGAGAAGAACUUUUAAAAAUUGCACAAAUAUACUCCUGGUUGUUACGUGUGAGAUAGUUAAUAAUUAUGAAUUACCUAAUGGUUAAAGUGUGUGGGACAGACAGGAAAGUAAGUUUUUUUUUUACUUAUAAUAUUCAAUUUUGUGAAUUUAAUAAAAUCAAUAAAAUUAUGUGUCAAGAAUAUAAUUUUGAAAGUACACAGAAGUAUUAUGAUAUAAAUUUUUGUUUUGUUGCUUGAUGAUUUUAUUUACGUAUUUGUGGUUUUGAUUUUGCAUAUGAAAUUUUCUAAUCUCAAAACAAAAAGAGAACUUUUUAUGAUUAAUUUAUAAUAAUGCAGAAUUUACUAGGAAAUAAUUGUAAGCAACACGUUUCAGCCCAAACAGAUGCUUUGAUAAGUAUUUACAGUUUUCUGUGUUUUAAGUAAACAUGUAAUAGCUAAUAGGUUUUAGCUCGUAAGGAAACAUAUAUAUAAAAGUUGUAUUUUAGUUAUUCACCAUAUCAGCUCAAUUAUAAAGCAACUCAAAGUCAUAAAUGUAUAAGUUUUACUAUCUGUGACUUUUUUUUAAUGAUAGUGACUUACUGAAAUGUGUUGCUAGUAACAGAUUUCCAAGAAAAAAUAAUGUAAGUUAUAUUGUUAAUAGUUUUGUACAUUUUAAAGACAUUAAAUUUGUAAUCAUGUGUGAA